AAACAAUACACACACACAUACUGACACAUAAACAAGUAAACAGAUUGUCAACAAAGUAAAAAAUUGUCCAGAAACAUAAACUGUAAAUAAUUAAAACUCAAAAUUACUGUAAAAAUCACCUAUGCCAUCAGUGUAUCACGAAAAACAAAUGAGGCAGUUAUGUGCCUUACAUGCAUUAAACAAUCUCUUUCAAGGCGAUCAAUCCUAUACUAAAGGGGAACUGGAUGAUAUCUGCAAUAAUUUGAGUCCAAAUGUAUGGAUUAAUCCACAUCGCUCUGUGCUGGGUCUUGGAAACUAUGAUAUUAAUGUUAUCAUGACUGCGUUGCAAAAACGGAACUGUGAAGCCAUUUGGUUUGAUAAAAGAAAGGACCCUUCCAUUAUAGACCUUGAUUCAAUUAUUGGCUUCAUCUUGAACAUUCCAUCUGAUUAUAAAUUCGGAGUAAUUACCUUGCCUUUGCGUAGACGACAUUGGAUAGCUGUACGUCGCAUCGGGGAUUCGUACUACAAUUUGGACUCGAAACUCCGACAGCCGGAACUGCUGGGUAAUGAAGCGGAUAUGUUACAGUUCUUGCGGGAACAGCUUUCUGAUGAACUGCAUCAGCGGGAACUGUUUCUGGUACUCGAACAACAAAGCGGCGAGAAUACCGAUCAGCGCUGGAUCAAACAGUCCUAUAGAAAGGCCGUUGUUUGACCAGAACAACGAUCUGUAUAUUCUAGUCAAUAUAUGGCCUAUGUUGAAGGGAUUAUCAAAGCUCAAUC